CAAUUAGAUAUAUAUAUAAUUAAUCAAAUUAUGGGCGACACAACCACCACCACUCCAGCGUCUUCCUCAAGCUCCGGCGGCAGCAGCAGUCCCACGACUGAGGCGGCCUUCUCCGGCUUAGCCAACAUCAUCAAGCUUCUUCCCACCGGAACAGUUCUCCUGUUCCAGUUCCUCAACCCCGUCCUCACCAACAACGGCCAGUGCAGCGACUCCAACAAGUCCGUCGCUGCCGCCGUCAUCGCCCUCUGCGGCCUCUCCUGCUUCGUCUCCUCCUUCACCGACAGCUACGAGGGCAGCGACGGCCGGACCCACUACGGCUUCGUCACCCUGAAGGGAAUCAGGCCGUCGCCGGCCGCCGAGUCGGUGGACCUGUCGGCGUACAAGAUUGGGUUCGGGGACUUUGUCCACGCCGCCUUCUCGGUGAUGGUGUUUGCGGCAGUGUCGCUUCUGGAUUCCAACACCGUGGAAUGCUUUUAUCCGUCUUUUCAGUCGACUCAGAAAUCCCUGGUCAUGGCUUUGCCGCCGGUGAUAGGCGCCGCGGCCAGCACCUUGUUCGCUGUGUUUCCGAACAAGCGGCAUGGGAUUGGGUACGCUUCCUCGAGCCAACAGAAUUCAAAUAAAUCUUCGUCGGCUGUUGGACCGAACCAGAAUGAAUCGACUCCAGAUAACAAUCAGUCUUCUGUCUGAUCGAUCGAUGAAAUUAAUGACACAUGUAAACAUACCAAUGGAUAAGAAAGUUACAUUAUAAUUAAGGAUUGUGAAGCUCCCAAUAUGUCAGAGAGCUGCUUAUAGUUUUUUCGUUCAGAAACUACAUUUAAUAAAGUGAAUUUUUGUAGAA